GCUUCCCGUCGACACCAAAUAGCUGCAACAAAGCUGCAACAAUGGAGUCGCAGCUACUGUGAACCUGAAGCUUCUUAUAAAGGUAAAAACGUCGUUUGAACCGCAAUGGACAGGAGCAGAUCCCCCAAAAGAGGCCGUAAAGUGGACCAAAACGACAAGAAGAAGAAGAAACGAAGGAGAUCAUCUUCUUCGUCGUCUUCAUCGUCCACUUCUUCAUCCAGCAGCACAAGUCCGAGCAGAACGAAGAAGACAACAUUGCACAAAAGUCAAGAUGGAAAAACACAAAGAAAGAAGCGCAGACGAAGCUCGUCCUCCUCUUUUUCUUCAUCAUCGUCUUCCUCUUCCUCGUCUUCGUCGAGCGAUGAAAGGAGCAAGAAGAAGAGCAAAGGAAAGAAGAAGAAGAAACUCUCAAAGAAGAAAAAGGCCAAGCUGAAAAAACAGCGUAAGAAGGAGAAGAAAAAGAAGAAAGAGAAGCUGAAAAGGAAAAAGGAGGAGGAGGAGAAGAAGAAGAUCGAGUCCUGUAGCCUCCCUGUACAAAAACUUCCAUCCUCAUUGGAGGUGUGGCAGACUGAUGAUGGCGGAGUGGAGCUCGGCCCAGUGAUGACAGACGAGCAGAAGGCCCGCUUGGCCACUAGGAGGCCUCUUACCAAGGAGGAAUACGAUGCCCGGCAGAGUGUCAUCCGCAAGGUGGUGGACCCCGAAACGGGACGAACCAGGCUGGUUCGUGGCGAGGGAGAGAUCAUCGAGGAGAUAGUCAGCCGUGAAAGACACAAGGACAUAAACAAGCAAGCCACCAAGGGGGACGGCAACUCCUUCCAGAGAACGCUUGGACUCAACAGGUAGAAGAUGCGGCAACGUGGUGAUCGGUGCACACAACGCACUUUGACCUCGGUUGAUGCUAUAUUAAUGACCGAACUAAAAGAGAUAAAACUUUUUUUUUUUCAAAAUCCAUACCAGUGGAAAAAAAAAAUAUUUUUUAUCCCAAUUAUCACACGCGUCAUGUUAUGUCAAAUGAUUGCAGCCAAUUAAAAGACUUCACUUACCUUGUGUAUCUAUGUGGAGAAAACACACACACACACACGUGGAAACAAGGCUCAAAUGAACUUUUUGUUUUGUUGCAUGGAUUGAUGUUCUUUAUACACUGCAUAAAAACAAGGGAAUGGAAAUCAAGUGAGCUAAAUCAAGUGUGCAGUUAUCCAAAACCUACAAAAUACACACACACACACACACCCUGUACAAUGGAAAUACAUAUUUGCCAAGUGUCAUCAUCAUCAUAGCAGUGUGACUUGUGUGUUUUAUUGUUAGCUAGUUUGAAAUAAGACUCGCUUGUCCGUACACGCGUUGCUGUUGUCAUACAUGAUGAACAAAAGGCAAAGAAAACAACUUAAGGCCUCGAAAAGUUCAAUGAGUUGGGGCAAAAGGUUGAAGUAUUUACGUCUUAAUUGUCUGAUUUCUUCUCACGUCACCUCAUCAGUACAAUUUUAUGUUGAUUUUUUUGCCAACAAAAGUAUAGGGACACACCACCCGAAGGUGACCUUGUGUCCCAAUACAUUUGUCCAAACAGUUACAGUAGUAAGUCCAACUUUCCAGGCCUUUGUGCAAAAAGGGGAGUGGUGAUAUUCCUGAUUGGAGUGAUUGUCAGA